CAGCAGCAGCAGCAGGAGUAGGAACAGGAGCAGCUGGCCUAGCGGAAGGUGAUAGACGCCACGCCAUGCACAAGAAAAGGAAGACCUAGAGAGAGAGAGGAAGACACUCAACCCUUAAGAAAGAUAAAGUAAAUCCUAAGCGAACCCCAAACGUCAUCAUUGAACAUCGAAGAUGGUAUUGAAUCUUCUCUUCAUCACGACUGUCAUCAAGUCGACAUUUGGAGUGGUUACCACUGGGCUGUGGCUGAUACCAUUGCUCUUGGCGGCCAUCACCUACUACCGCUACGAUGCAGUGGAUCCGGAAUCGCGACCACUCGACCAGCUCAACCUGUGGCCGGAGUACGAUUUCAUAGUCGUGGGCAGCGGCUCGGCCGGGGCGGUGGUGGCGAAUCGCUUGAGCGAGGUGCGCAAGUGGAAGGUGCUGCUCAUUGAGGCCGGGCCGGAUGAGAACGAGAUAUCGGACGUGCCCUCGCUGGCCGCCUACCUGCAGCUGAGCAAGCUGGACUGGGCCUACAAGACGGAGCCCUCGACCAAGGCAUGCCUGGGCAUGCAGAACAAUCGAUGCAAUUGGCCGCGCGGACGCGUUCUGGGUGGCUCAUCCGUACUGAAUUAUAUGCUCUAUGUGCGCGGCAAUCGGCACGACUACGACCAUUGGGCAGCGCUUGGCAAUCCCGGCUGGGACUAUGAAAACGUGCUGCACUAUUUCAAGAAGUCCGAGGACAAUCGCAAUCCCUAUCUAUCGAACAGCCCCUAUCACGGUCGCGGCGGACUGCUCACUGUGCAGGAGUCGCCCUGGCAUACGCCCCUGGUCGCUGCUUUCGUGGAGGCGGGCACACAGCUGGGCUACGACAAUCGGGACAUCAACGGCGCAAAGCAGGCGGGCUUCAUGAUUGCGCAGGGCACCAUACGGCGCGGCUCACGCUGCUCCACGGCGAAGGCCUUCCUGCGUCCCAUACGGCAACGUCCCAACUUCCAUUUGUCGAUGAACUCGCAUGUGACCCGGGUCAUUAUCGAGCCGGGCACCAUGCGUGCCCAGGCCGUGGAGUUUGUCAAGCACGGCAAGGUUUAUCGCAUUGCAGCACGCCGGGAGGUCAUUCUCUCGGCGGGCGCCAUCAACACGCCGCAGCUGAUGAUGCUCUCUGGCCUGGGGCCGAGCAAGCAUCUGGAGAAGCAUGGCAUACGGGUGCUGCAAGAUCUGCCCGUGGGCGAGAAUAUGCAGGAUCAUGUGGGCAUGGGCGGCCUCACCUUUCUCGUGGACAAGCCAGUGGCCAUUGUGCAGGAUCGCUUCAAUCCCACCGCCGUGACCUUCCAGUACGUGCUGCGCGAGCGCGGACCCAUGACCACACUGGGCGGCGUCGAAGGUUUGGCGUUCGUGCAUACGCCGUACUCGAAUCGCAGCAUCGACUGGCCGGACAUACAGUUCCACAUGGCGCCCGCCUCCAUCAACUCGGACAAUGGGGCGCGUGUCAAGAAGGUAAUGGGCCUGAAGGAGUCCGUCUACCAGGAGGUCUAUCAUCCCAUUGCUAACAAGGACAGUUGGACCAUAAUGCCGUUGCUGCUACGUCCACGCUCCCGAGGCACCGUGCGACUGCGCUCCGCGAAUCCCUUUCACUAUCCACUGAUCAAUGCCAACUAUUUCGAUGACCCGCUGGACGCCAAGACUCUGGUGGAGGGCGCCAAGAUAGCGCUGCGCGUCGCCGAGGCGGAAGUGUUCAAGCAAUUCGGCAGCCGGCUCUGGCGCAAGCCUCUGCCCAACUGCAAGCAGCACAAGUUUCUGUCGGACGCCUACUUGGAGUGCCAGGUGCGCACCAUAUCCAUGACCAUCUAUCAUCCAUGCGGCACGGCCAAAAUGGGCCCCAGCUGGGACCCCGAGGCGGUCGUCGAUCCGCGCCUGCGCGUCUACGGCGUGCGCGGCCUGAGGGUCAUCGAUGCGAGCAUCAUGCCCACCAUCAGCAGCGGCAACACGAAUGCUCCCGUCAUUAUGAUAGCCGAAAAGGGCGCCGAUCUCAUCAAGGAGGACUGGCUCCACAAUCCCGAGUAUAAGGUGAAGCGGCAGGACAGCCCCGGCUACAGCGACAGCGACGGCGACAGCAUGUCAGCAGCUAGCAGCAACAUUUACAAACACUUAACGCUCAACCGGUCGCCUCUUGAGUUUCUGACCCUGUACCUAAGCAGCUAUAAUCGUCUCAUCUUACAGAUUACACUUAGCCUGCGCAUAAUCGGCAGCAUCAUUAUCGUAGCUGGGUCUGUGGAACUGGUUCGUUAG